CCCCUCAAUACGCGGCCAGGAAGGCACUCACUGCGUGCCCGGGUAGGAUCGCUAGGUUAGGUGACGGCGCUCAAUAUGCGCUCGAGGAUGCCUGGCUCAGUACACCAGGAGGAACGGUCUGCUCACUUCGCAGGCCGGGGAAGCUCUGUCUUCCGUCGCGAGUGGAGGGCUUAUAUACCCUCCACUCGGUGGUGAGGGAAAGAGAGAAGAGCGGAGGGAGCGAGCGAGAUAAAUGCUCAUAUAUUAUAUAUUAGUAACGAUUUAAUAAAGGUUUUACGAAAACAUUUGCAAUUUCGAAAAUACAUAAAACUGUGAAAAUAAUGCCGUUGGCAACUUUAACUGCUCCUUGGACAGAGCAUCGUACAAAUGAAAAGCAAAGUGCGGAAAUUCUUCCGGCUGAAAAUCAAGAAGAAACAAUGAUCACUCAAGGAAAUUUAAUUGAAAAAUCAAAUGGUUGCUCGGAAUCUCACGAAAUUGAAGUACGUGACAUGGCAAGGGAUGGUUAUGAAAGAGCCGAACCCUCUCACUUUGAAUUACUUAAAGUUCUUGGCCAAGGAUCCUUUGGAAAGGUAUUUUUAGUAAGAAAAGUUGUUGGAAAGGAUAGUGGGACUUUAUACGCUAUGAAAGUUUUAAAGAAGGCGACUUUAAAAGUUCGUGAUAGAGUCAGAACUAAAAUGGAGAGAAAUAUAUUAGUGGAUGUGGAACAUCCAUUUAUCGUCCGACUGCAUUAUGCAUUCCAAACCGAAGGAAAGCUUUAUUUGAUUCUAGAUUUUCUAAAAGGUGGGGAUCUCUUUUCUAGAUUGUCUAAAGAGGUAAUGUUUACGGAAGACGACGUCAAGUUCUAUUUAGCCGAGCUAGCACUUGCAUUGGAUCAUAUACAUAAACUCGGAAUUAUUUAUCGAGAUUUGAAGCCUGAAAAUAUUUUGUUAGAUACAGAAGGCCAUAUAUCUUUAACGGAUUUUGGCUUAAGCAAACAACCUUUAGAUGAUUCAAAAGCGUAUUCAUUUUGUGGUACUGUUGAGUAUAUGGCACCAGAAAUUGUCAACAGAAAAGGACAUACUUUUACGGCAGAUUGGUGGAGUUUUGGUGUCUUAAUGUUUGAAAUGCUGACAGGCGCUCUCCCAUUCCAAGGUGCAAAUCGUAAAGAAACGAUGACACAAAUCUUGAAAGCUAAACUUGGAAUGCCGCACAAUCUUUCAUCGGAAGCGCAAGCACUUUUGAGAGUAUUGUUUAAGAGGAAUCCGGUAAAUCGUCUUGGAUCUGGCGGAGUGGAAGAAAUUAAAAAUCAUAAUUUCUUUGCUACAAUCGAUUGGGACGCUCUUUAUAAAAAGGAAAUAAAACCGCCAUUUAAGCCAGCUGUUAGGGAAGACGAUGCAUUUUACUUCGACAACGAAUUCACUUGUAAAACACCUAAAGAUUCUCCCGGGGUACCACCCAGUGCAAACGCGCACGAAUUAUUUCGCGGGUUCAGUUUUGUCGCACCAUGUUUGCUCGCGGAUACGGAUCACGAUAUGUCUCCUGAAUAUAGAAAUUACGAUAACAUACGUGCCAUUUUUCCAACUUAUGUUAAUCCUGUUUCUAUAACUGACGAAUAUGAAUUUAAACAUGAAAUUGGCAGAGGAAGCUACAGUGUGGUAUACUUGGCUGCUCAUAUAGCAUCCAAAAUAGAGUAUGCUGUAAAGGUGAUUGAGAAAUCGAAACGAGAUCCAACGGAGGAAAUAGAAAUUUUAUUACGAUAUGGUAGGCAUCCUCACAUUGUAACGUUGAGAGCCGUUCAUGAAGACGAUAAACGAGUGUAUCUCGUAUUGGAUCUUUUACGCGGUGGCGAACUCCUCGAUCGUUUACUGCAGAGACGAAAUUUUACUGAAAGGGAAGCUGCUGAAGUCAUUUAUAUUGUCACAAGUGUGGUGCAGUAUCUCCAUGAGAAUGGAGUUGUUCAUAGAGACUUAAAGCCAUCGAACAUCCUUUAUACGAAACCUGGUGGUGAUCCAACAACACUUUGUAUAUGUGAUCUUGGCUUUGCGACACAAUUACGCGCGGAGAACGGUUUGCUAAUGACGCCCUGUUACACAGCCAACUUUGUAGCACCCGAAGUGUUGAAACGCCAAGGGUAUGACGCAGCGUGUGAUAUCUGGUCUCUCGGAGUCUUACUGUACAUCAUGUUAGCUGGGUACACGCCUUUCCGUAAUAGCCCAGGAGAUAGUGCAAAUGACAUAUUAGAUCGUAUUGGUUCAGGAUAUAUAGAUGUGGAAAGUGGAAUAUGGUGCCAUAUCUCUAGUGAAGUUAAAGAACUGGUUAAGAGAAUGUUGCAUUUGGAUCCCACUCGAAGACCUACAGCGGCUGUGAUUUUAAAAUACCCAUGGAUUGUAAACCGACAUCUUAUUCCUCCAAAAGUAUUGCCGGACGGACCAGAAGUUAUUAAAGAUCCACAUAGUCUCAAGAUGGCAGUUGCAGAAACAUAUAGAGUAAUAGCAAGUAAUCCGAGAUCGCCACAUAUUGGUCCAGUAGUUAUGUCUGAAUUGGCACGUCGUAGAACACAAGGCAAAUCCAGUGGUCUCACCCAAAUUUAAUUUUAAUAUAUCUCUUGUAUAAACUUUUAUGUAAAAGUGGAGAAACACUAGGAUUACAAAAUUAUAUUUUAAAGCAAAAGUUCAAAAUGCCCAUACUGUAAAUAACAUUAAUAUAUCGUCGUACAUAUAUAAUGGAACGUUUACAGCUAAAUGUGAUAUUUAUUUAUAAUUAAUUACGUUUGUGUGUACCUCUAUAUAUACAUACGUGCCUAUGGUUAUCACGUGUUACCAGGGGGUGGCUCGUAGAAUGCAAAAAAUUCUGUUAAUAAUCAACAAUUCAAAAUAGUUUCGUUGUUUAAUUUAUAAUUUUUUUAAACAUUUAAUUGCUAUAUCAGAUUUAAUCAAAAUGAUGUUGCUUGAAAUAAUCAUGUACUAAUAUAAUAUGAUUUAAUCUAAAUAUUUCAAUGUAUUACAUUAGUGCUUUUCAACAAGCUCACAGAGUUUACAUUAUGAAAUCUCUUUGCCUUUUGCCCAUUUGUGAUUUUCUACUAUUUUCUUCCCAUAUCAAUCUUUCCCAAGUCAUAAAUGCUAGCUGGAAGAUUCAAUCAAAGAUAAAAUCGAUCUCCUGCUACAGGCAAGAUAUUUCAGAAAUUAUGAAAUUCAGACAAGGAUCGCUUACCGAUGUAUGGUUUGUUUACGAUGCAUAUUUCAACAUGGUCUUGUUCGCAUUCUUAGAAACACAUAAUUGGUCACAUAACUUGAUGGAAAGCAUUAUUAUAUGUAAACUUUUAUCUAUAGUGUAGCUAGGUUGAAUUAUUUUUUUAAUUUGAUGUAUAUUUGAUAUAAAUGUCUUGUAUUUUCACCUAAACUCGUAGUUUUUAAUUUUAAAACACUUUGUAAAAAUCUUGUUGUUCUAUGAGUUUAAAUUCUAAAAGAAAUUAAUGUGGUUGUGGAGCUGCAAAACGGAGCAAAUUAUGUAAUUAUAAUUUUAUUUUAAUGUGUUUAGUUAAUGUACUUACUUAAUGAUUUGUUAAAUAAAUUGGUAAUUAUAUAAAUUAUUUUUAUACCA